UGCUUUGAUGAUGCUUCACGCGCGGGAGCUUUGGUGAAGCCGAAGGCGCGCGCGCGCACACACACAUAAAAAGAAAGAAAGAAAAAGAAAUGAUGCCGGCUUUGUGAAGGAGGCAGCGCGUGAAGACAUCUGCGCAAAAGUUGGAGAUGGCAGCACUCCGACGCAAGUUCGGCGAGGACUAUCACCAGGUGGGGAACCCGUCGCGCGGCGGCGGCGGGAACGGCGGCGGCGCGUUCUCGGCUCCGGUGAAGAAAAAGCGGCAGCGCUUCGUGGAGAAGAACGGCCGCUGCAACGUGCAGCACGGCAACCUGGGCGGCGAGACGAGCCGCUACCUGUCCGAUCUCUUCACCACGCUGGUGGACCUGAAGUGGCGCUGGAACCUGCUGAUCUUCAUCCUGACCUACACGGUCGCCUGGAUGGUCAUGGCGUUCAUGUGGUGGCUGAUCGCGUACGUGCGCGGCGACCUGGAGCGCGCGCGGGACUCGUCCUACACGCCGUGCGUGGCCAACGUCUACAACUUCCCGUCGGCCUUCCUCUUCUUCAUCGAGACCGAGGCGACCAUCGGCUACGGCUACCGCUACAUCACUGAGAAGUGCCCCGAGGGCAUCAUCCUCUUCCUCUUCCAGUCGCUGCUCGGCUCCAUCGUGGACGCCUUCCUCAUCGGCUGCAUGUUCAUCAAGAUGUCGCAGCCGAAGAAGCGCGCCGAGACGCUCAUGUUCAGCCAGGACGCCGUGAUCUCCCAACGCGACGGCAAACUCUGCCUCAUGUUCCGCGUGGGCAACCUGCGCAACAGCCACAUGGUGUCGGCGCAGAUCCGCUGCAAACUCAUCAAGUCUCGUCAGACCCCUGAGGGCGAGUUCUUACCGUUAGACCAGUGUGAGCUGGACGUGGGGUUUGGGACAGGAGCUGAUCAGCUCUUCCUCGUCUCUCCUCUGACCAUCUGCCACGAGAUCAAUCCCAAGAGCCCCUUCUUCGACCUCUCACAGAGAUCGCUCAUGAAUGAGCAGUUUGAGAUAGUUGUCAUCUUAGAGGGCAUCGUCGAGACCACGGGUAUGACAUGCCAGGCGCGCACAUCUUACACCGAGGACGAGGUGCUGUGGGGUCACCGCUUCCUGCCCGUCAUGUCUCUAGAGGAGGGCUUUUUCCGCGUGGACUACUCACAGUUUCACAACACGUUCGAGGUUCCCACCCCACCUUACAGCGUGAAAGAGCAUGAGGAAAAGGGCUCGCUUCCCUCUCCACUCGCCGUGCCCCACCGCGAACGAGUCUUCUCUGUCAACUGCUUAGAGCUAGGGGAAGAGCGUCCCAGCCUUGGAGGUAGCGCCUCCUGCAGGCUGCCCAGCAAGCUCCAGAGGAUGAGCUCGUCUGGGAAAGAGGAUCUGCCCAAGAAGGUUCUGCGUUUGAGCUCCCAGGGCCCGGAGAAGGCAUCCAGCACGGGCGACUUGCCCCUCAAACUGCAGCGCAUGGGCUCCGGUCCUGGCCAAACAGACGACUUCCAUCUUAAAGCCCUCAGAGUGGGCUUUGAACCCAUGACCAUGUCCACCGGAGACCUCCAGCAGAGGAGCCUGUCCCCGAUGCCGUCACCCAUCGCCCUGGCACACACUCACGCCCCUCCACAUACUCCUCUACCCUCAGCUGGAGCCAGAAUGGAGGAUAAGCUGCCUGCCAAACUGAGGAGGAUGAACGCUGACCGCUGAGGUCGUAGGGAUUUGUUGUUCUCUGUUGCUGAUCUGGGAUUUUACAUGAUUCGGGUCCCGCAUCAGCAUAAAAGAACAACUUCUAACAUAUAUAUGAAAGAGGUCACGGGUCAUGGAUGAACUGCAAAUAAAAUUCUGACAAAAAGACGGAAAAUUGAAAGCACAUAUCAACGCAUGAACUGACGGGAGUUAUUUAGUUCUUUGGACGCGUGUUUGUUUCUGUCCACUUCACACAGUACUGGAUUAUAUAUGGGACAACUGUUAUUCUGGUCCGUUUGCACCAACAGGUCAUAACCGUGAAGCUAAGAAAGACAGGACUUCCAAAUCAUUUAAAAGUUAUACGUGACCUAUAAUACCGACUGACUUGCCGAGCAGUCUGUGUUAUUGAGUAAAGCUGCUAGUUACUGCAUCCAAUCAGAACUGACUUGUUUUCUACAAGUUUAUUUUCCACUCAUAACAUAUUUUGUUGCUCAUCAGCGUCCAGGGAUGUCCAUUCCGCAAGACAAACUGGUCCCGAUGGCCAAAAACUACUCCAAUUCUAAAACUGAAAAUACUUCACUUUUAAACGUUGUAUCAUGCAUGCAGAUAAAUAAUGCAUGAAGAGAACAUAGCUUAGGGAAAAAACUCUUUAAAGAAAACAAAAACAAAAAAAUCUCUUACAUUUCUCUCUCUUUCUCACACACACACACACACACACAAAUGUAUUCUUUUUCAAUAACGAAGUUCUGAACAUUUUUAGUUUGGAAUAUUUUUAAAGGUGCUGUUUGUCAUAUCUGAGCCAGGCAAACUCUAGAAGCCAAGGAAUGAGCAAAAAUCAGCAUAAAUGACUCCAAGCGAGGGAGGUUUGUCAACAUGUCUUUGCCUGAGUCAAAUAUGGGGCUUAGCCGAAGAUUACACAGGAUGAGCGAGAGAAAUUGAAGACUGAAUAAAAUAAUUACAGAUUUAACAAUGCUUGUUUCAUGCAGAUUAACAACAGUAUCUUUUUGAACCUCAGAUUUUGCUGUUCUGGUUAAAAUCCAAUUAGCAGGAGCACUAAUAGGAAAUGUGAUUAAUCUG